AUGACUACGUCCACCGAUUCCAACGAGUCUUAUCAAAGGAUUGGCGCAGGUUUCUGCGGCACAGUGUGGGCAAGAAGCCUGGAAGGGCCUGCCAUCAAGCGCGAAGAUGGAGGACCAUCUCGAUCACUCGCCAACGAUUUCGCGAUGCACAAACGAGCAUACGAGGCAUUUCUCAGCCUAUCCUGUGCUAAGCACUUGAUGAAAAACUCACCAACAGAGCCACACGCGCGUAUUCCUCAGUGCCACAGAUAUAUUACGCCGGGAAACCAGUCUUGGUGGAACGAAAAUCUCCGAUGGUUCCCAGACGGAUAUGCAGCCUGUAAUGCGAUCCUGUCCGAGAGAAUCCCUCCUUUUUCCGAGCACAUCAGACGUCUUCUCGUGGACACGUAUUGUCCUCCUAAAAUUCGUCAGCAGAUUCUGCACAGCGCCAGCAACGACGCCUGCCUCAUCCGACCGUAUAUCGGCCGCCAGCGCACCUACGGCACGGCCAUGAACGUCCGAUCUCGAUUUCGAGGCUUUUCCCUCCGAAACUUCCCCCUUCAUGUCGAUCAGAUGGCUGAACUGGGGAUCCGCGCCGAGGAUGUUGACUGUUAUGCCGCCAUGAUGGGCCAAGCACUGGCCACGCUUCACUUGAUUGGGAAGAUGGAUGCGAACGACGUCGAAUUUGUUUUGGCUCCGAUGUCGCGAACUGUUACUGGCACGGAGCACAACGAAGAAAUGGACACCACAAGCGGCAGCAACACCAUCACAAAUAUAUUGGGGACACAUACUAUGUGGAUCCUGGACUUUGACCUUUGUCACUCCAUCUCGAUGGAUCAGAAGGGUGUUCGGCAAGCUGUUGAUGCUUUCUUCAAGAACGACCCAUUCUGUCCACAGCCGCACACGGCACACUGGCCGGCGUUUCGUCGUCAGUACCUAGGUGCAGCUGAGCAGAUUGCUCGUAUCUACCACAAAGAUGAGGUUAAUACUAUCUUUGACCUGGGUCGUCAGUUUGUGAAGCUUGUGGAGUCGAGGAAGUGAAUUCCACGGCUCGGAGUGAAUAGUGGUGUCUGGCUGUGUUACUCCCCAACCCAAGGCCUCCCUCCCCUCCACCAUGAUCUCAAUUUUCUCAGAUUCAUUCUGUAUUUCCUCUCUUCACGUCAUUCCACCAUACAGAACUCGUUCUUUCGCUAUAUCUUCCCCCAACUCAGUAUCUGUGAUGAAAGUCCAUAUCCACGCAAUCAACGUCCUCUUACUCCUAGCUUAAAAUGGCGAGUCGACGCGAAAACCAAGGUACAGAUACCUCCUGGACGAGCUCACUGCAAGAUGCGAUGCAGCAAAACCUCCGGCUUGAGGAACGCCUGGAGCAGGACGAGCUCGAGUCCCCACAAGCUCGACUCAAAAGACUUCUUUCCACUCGAUCCGCAGUGUCGACUUCAUCAUCCUUCGCUGAACGCCAACAGGCAGCAGUUGGCUGCAAUGCCCC